AUGCCUGACCAGCAAAUUCCAGCGUGUUCGAGGAAUGCGGAGCUUGCAGCUUUACAGUACGAGUACGGAUCGGUGUAUCUAGGGGUCCAAGUGAGGGCAAGCGAGCGCCAUCCUUCGGUUCCCGCCCGCUCAAGACGCGAAAUACCUGCUGAUCCGCUUGUAGCCAAACGCAUUGUUGACGCGAUCGAGCCGCCAUCCACCGCUCUCGAUGAUCCAGUUCUCAGCCACAGUCCCGUUGUUCGCAUGCAUUGCCCCACCGCAGCGAAAGAAGUGGAAGAGACGGACUUACAGAGCUUGAAGCUUCUUGCAGGGAAGUGUGGUUGUUGUCGAUCUCCAGUAGCUCGACGAAAGAUCGUUCCUGAAGUCUUCUACGUUCACGGAGCUGCGCGAUUUGUUUCAAACUGCGAAGCAUCCGCUAGCGCGGCGUUGUCUGCAUAA